CAAAAGAAUGCAAGCGUGUGAGGCAAAAGGAGAGAGUGCAAGUUAGCCACAGAGCAUUUUCUCCCACCCAGUGGCCUGCCAAAGGCAACAGAUCUGCCCACUCAGGACUUAACCCUGUCAGGUAAAGACGUGGAUGAAGAAGGAACUAUAAGUGGUGUCUGUUUGAGGGCUAUGUGAAGACAUAGAAGACCUCCAGAUGUUCUCUGUACAGAACCCAUAAGGUCAGAGCUUUGAUGGUGUUUGAUGGUACUGGGGCUUCCUGGGAAAUGAUGGAUGAUUGUUACGGUCUACAACUGUUGCAUCAGGCAGAGUCACGGCAUAGCUCGCAUUCUCUUUGCUUUAACUGACAAAAGUGGCAUGGCUUACCUGUGAACACUGACAGUUCACAUAAAUUGAAUUGAAGAAAACAAAAACGGCUGGAAUGUUGACUGGGAAGCACAGAUGCAAAGUUCUUCAAAUAGCUUUGAGAAAAUGUCCCCAUUCCAUCACUUCAGUAAGAGUCAAAGCAGGAGGCACUCAAAUAGACAUGGAGCCUCCAGAUGAAGCAAUACCAAGUGGGAUGCAAAGCAUGUAAAUAUACUUUCUCAGCUGUUCUUCCCAUGGCAAGAUAAGAAUCAUCAAAAACCCCUGAAUUUCAGAGGCAGACCUUUAUAAACAAAUUCUAUAAACAAGUCUUCAGGACUGUGGACAAUCCCUUGUAAGAGUCUGAGGAUGCACAUUUUUGGAUUAAGCCUGUGAGGAUCUGCCACUCUUCAAACCAUGUCCAGUAGAAGCUGUUAAAUGUUUCUUCAGGAUAGAAUGUUUCCCUCAAAGGAGCAAAGCAAAGCAGUCUGGAAUUGAGCAAGGGAUUGUAUAAGAAAGGUUAGGCCUGGCCUGGAAGACCAAAGUCAAAAUCACCUGAGAAGUGGCAAAAUCAUGACUUCUUCUGCUCAACAGACUUUUACCACAAACAAUCAAGAAUCCAGCUACUCUCCAGCCCUCAACCUCAGCCCUUGCUUGUAUCUGUUGUUUCCUCAGGACUGAAUGUUCCCUUACAUCAGAGGAAUUGAACUGAGCAAGAUAGUUUACAAGCAUAGUUAGACUUGGCUUGGAAGACCGUAGUUGAGAUAUCCUGAUAGGGAUCCCUCUUCCUCCUUAACAAGUGGGGCACUCAAGACUUUAAUCACCUUCUAGUCAUCAGACUGGCCAUUUGCUACAAAGGAUAUUUUGUGUUUAAUCUGUGGAUGAACUCUCGAGGGAGUGGAGGGACUUCCUUGACCCAGCUUGUACCAUGAUGGCGCAAAUCACUGAGUUUUUUAAUGACUUGUGGCGGCUUGCGACUGCCAAGCACAAUGAGGGUAUCUAUAACACGGUGUGUCUUAUGGUGCUGCUCACUCUUCCUUUGGUUGUUUUCUUCACCUCCCUGAUAGUUUGCUGCCACUGCUGUUUCUGUCGAGGCGCUGAUGGUUGCUCAUGCUGUUGCCGAAGAGAUGGUACCACAGUCACAAGUGCCCUAGUGGAAAAUAAGAAGAAGAAAAAGAACAAGAAGAAGAAUGGUGGCCAGACAGAAGAGGACUUGUGGAUUUCAGUCAAGACUGACCCCAUGACUCCAGACAGAGUGGCUCUCACUAUAGUGUAGCUAGUAGGCAGCACUCUGCACUAAAGCAAAGACUGGACAUUUAUUUAUAUCUAGGCCCUGUUUUACAGCAAGGUACAUGGGAGGGAUAUUAAGGAUUGUGCUAUAAUGAUUGACUUUGAUUUGACUGAAAAAGGGAAUCCAGUUCAAUUUGUCUCAAAGGACUUUGGAAGGGAAUUAAAUUGAGUUUAGAUUGAGCAAUGGUGUAGGGUAGCAUUGUGUGUGUGUGUAUACCAACUCAUGACAAAUGGAUUUCCCAUUCCGAUUUCUAAGCAUAACACUGCUGAGAAUUUCCAUAAAAUGCUACUGAUUAUUUUUCAGCAUAAUUACAUGAGUCGUUCAGAGUGGUUUGAUAUAAAAUGCUCCAUCGUAGAGCAACUUAUUAAGUCAAAAUUAUUCAUAGUUGUAGUGAUAGAAAACAGUUUGCUAUUUGAAACAGUUUAUUAUAUGAAUCAUUUGAACCAUUUAAUGAUUCUAACAGCUAUCUCACUAACACAUAUUACAUGAAAUACAUUAACUGAUGACGUUGUUUUAUGAUAGGAGAUUUUGGCCUUUUGUAUUUGGACAUUUGUAUUUUGUAAAAUCCUUUUAUGGUAUGGUGGUUUAACAAGGGUGUUUUAAGAAAAAAUCAUUUCCUAAGAAAAAACAUUUUUUUAGAUUUAUUGAUAUUUAACUAUCAAUGGUACAUGCAAAAACUGAAAACUGAAAAAUUUUAAUAGUAAAUAAAAUGGCUGUUUUUGCAUUGUAGAUAUCCUGGCUCCCUGGUUCCAUUCACAACGAUUGUAAAGAGUCAUUACUUUUCUCUACGAUGACCAUCAAACCACUCUGAAUGACUUCAUAACUUAACAGUUGAAAUAUGUAGAUAUUUCCAUCCAUGCUAUGUUAUAUAUCAAUAUAUCAGCAGAGUGGUAUGCUCUACACAGUGAAUAGAGACAAUAUCACCUCUUCAUACUAUUAGAGAGCCUUUAACACAGUUGAUGUCUUUGGGUUUAUUUACAAACGUUAUCAAUAGCAACUUCUAAACAGCUUUGCAAAAAUGCCAUUUAACAUCUUGAGCAUUCAUAUUCACAUGAGUAGUUGAGAGUUAUACACAAUUACACUCAACCAUAAUAAUCUCCUAGCCCUCCCACAGCCAACUGAGAAUGUGGCUAACUGAUGUCUUUAAGGCACUUUAUUUGCCACGAUUGAAAAUGUUCAGAUAUAUUCAGAUAAAUGCAAUUGAUUUUGUAAAACAUAAAGUGGAUUUUAUACACAAAAAGGGUUAACACUUUUGUUUACAGUCCCUUAGGUAAAUGUGAGGUACAAAAUUCAAAGUACUAUGUAUUUUUUCAGUAAAACUGAUCGUUAGUUCCAAAACAGUCUAAAUAAAUUACACUGAAAUAUGUAACAGAUUCUAGAUAUUGAUUAAGUGCGUGGUACAAACUCCAAAGUACUAUGAAAUUAUUUAGGUUAAAAUGAUAAUAAACACCCAGGCAGUCCAUCCAAUUUAAACUGAAAUGCCCCUCUUCUAGCUACCAAGCAACUAAAGGACAGAGUACAAUAUCUCAUAACUGGAUCAUUGUUUGGAGUAAAAAGGAUACCGUAAUUACUUUGUCCUUUGUCAGUUUUUCAGAAUAAUUUAUUGAGACUGUCUAGGUAUUAUUAUUUUAUGCAAAAUGAUUAUAUUAUAUACUUUGUAUCAGACAUUAACCCAGUUAAUAUCUUAUGGCCAGUUCAGUGGCCAGUAAUUUAGUUUAACUGUCUUGGAACUUACCAUCAUAUUACCCAAAAUAAUUACGUAGUAUAUUUGAUUAAAAUGCUAAUAAUUAUUUAGUAGUUUGUAGUUUGUACCUCACACCUAUUGGGUUAAUACUUGAAACUUAAAGGAAUGUAAAAUAAAUUAUUUGAGAAAAAGGCUGUGUGUAGCCAGAGUUUAAUUGGCUAACAAUGGUAAAAAAAAAAAAAAACUUUCUUCCUCAGCUGUAAAUAUGAAGCAUCAUACCAGUUAUACAGCUGCUUCAACACUGAAGACUUUUAUUCAGAUGUCAAUCAUACGUCUCACCCAUCUUUCCUUCCAUUUUUGCCCUUUGUAUAUUUCCAUACUUAACCAUGGUUAAACUGUUGACAGAUCAGCAGCAGGUAGUUUGAAACUUCCAUGUUUCAAGUUUUCCUUCAAGUACAAAAGGAUCAAGGAGGCAAUCAGCUGUCAUGUAGUGUGUCAGUCUAUGUGAUAGCAAAGCUUUGUGCAACCUAAUUCUGCAUGAAAAUGUUUCAGAAUCAGAAUCAAGUUUUAUUGGCCAGGCAUGCUACACAUACAAGGAAUUUGGUUUUGGAGCUCACAGACAUACAUUCACAUGUAGAGAAUAAGACAAAAUAAAUAUAAAAUAUAACAAGAUAAAAUAAAAUAAAACAUGCAUUCCUACCAUCACUUACUCAGACACACACACACACACACACACACACACACACAGCCAUACUUUUUGUUACAUGUUACAUAGUUUGUUAUAUGAAUCAUUAAGAAUGUUCUAUAUAUGUUUUUUUUUUCCUUUCCAUUGUCUUAACACUGGCUGAAGCAUGCAGAAAGUGAUGAUUUGAUCGUUUUUGUAAAAAUUAAAUAAAGAUAUUUUUAUAGAAUGUUUUUUUUAAUAGAAUGGCCCCACAAAGGAUUUUCUUCUUAAUGAGAGUAUACCUAUACCCAAGCUGCUGUAUGCAUUGGCCUGCAAAGCCUCAAAAGAAACUUUCUGUCUCAAAGAGGAAGGACCCUAAGCCCAAUGGCAUUACAGUAAUUUGGUUUCCUUGGAUGAGAAGUUGCAUUAUUUAAAAAGAAGUUAAGGUCCAUGUAUGAUGUAUGACCAAAAACAAUUAUAAUUUAUUUAUACACCA